AUGGAACCGGGGAAAAAUGGUAAAUUUGAUCUUCGUGACGGAUCAAAGUCUGGAACACCGAUCGACAGGGACCUUCUCAUCACUCGGAUUUUCGUGCGCGCCGGUGCCGGUGCUUGCGUGCGGCCGCGUGUGCUCAUCCUGGCGACAAUGCAGGCUUGCCAGCGCAUUCCUCGAGGCAUUGAACAUUGCCCCCGAACUUGCCUCACCACCACCACCACUCCUCGACUAACACACAAACUCAAUAUCAAAGUGUGGUUAAGUGGCGUGCCUCCGCACAGCAUAGGCACCUCAGUUGGCGUGACCGAUCAGCACCACGCAGCGAUUGUGUCAUCAGGCGACGAAGCAGAGCGCAGCCGUGUUUAUGCCACGCCCGAGUGGGCGGCGCAGUCGGACACGCACGCACGCACGCACGUGAACGCGAAAGCCUGCUGUAAAGCUUUGAAUCGCGUCUGCGGUCGCUGA